CGCGCGCUGAACCCCGCCGUGCUAUAGAAAACUCGCCUGCAUGUCGACUGCGGACGCCGGACCCUCAGCUCAACAAACGCCGACGCCUGCAGGCCAGGAAGAGGACCCCUGGACGUGGACCUGGACGCGCGACAACCUUGCCGUGGUCUCCAUCCUCAUUAAGGAGAAAAAGCAGCUCAAGGAUGCUGUGCGCCGCUACGAGGCAGCGGAGGAGCGCAUGGAGAAGUACAAGAACGGACCGCUCGCCCGACAACGCCUCGACCGCUUGCUGCGCGAGGUCAACCGUGAUGGCAUGCAACCAUCUCAUGUCCACGAGCUCCGCGAAAUCUUGGAGGAGUUUCCUGAGGACGAAGCGGCGCCGCUGAGGCAGAAGUUGAUUGAGUACGAAUGGCGGCGAUUGUUGGACUUGGGGAGUGUCCCUGCAAGCAAAUUCUGAGUGGUGCUGGAGCGUCAUACUAAGCAACGCUGCGGGUGCUUGCUAAGUCUGCGGCGGUUGUACGAACAUUACGG